UCGGCAGGGAGAAGCAGAGACACUGAGUCCGUGUGAGAAGCCGCGGAGUGCCGGAUCAGAGCGGAGGGAUCCAGCGGGAUCCUGCCUGUCCUCUGCUGCAGGUUUUCACUGGAUCCUCCGAUGGAAGAGGCUGACAGCCGCACUUUCCUCUGCGGAGCGACUGCACGACUGAGCGCCUACCUGGAAUUUUAAAUGGACCCGCUGAGCAUGGCAGCACCAGCCACAUCAUAGACGAAGGGAGUGCACAGGAGGAGGAGACGGAAGCGGGAGAGGACAGAGAGCGGGAGUGCCAGAGUUGAUUGAGGACAGUCCACCAUCAGGGGAGAUGGGUGAGACGGAGGACGAGCGCACGGCCCAGGCCAGCCAGCUGUUUGAGAACUUUGUCCAGGCAUCCACAUGUAAAGGAACCCUGCAGGCCUUCAGCAUCCUUUGCCGGCAGCUGGAGCUGGAUCCUCUGGACUACAGCAACUUCUACAGCUCCUUGAAGACUGCCAUCACUUCCUGGAAGGUCAAGGCUCUGUGGACAAAACUGGACAAGAGGGCUGAGCACAAGGUGUACAACCAGGGUAAAGCCUGCCAGGGCACCAGGUGCCUGAUUAUCGGCGGGGGUCCGUGUGGUCUGCGGACCGCCAUUGAGCUGGCCUUGCUGGGCUGUAAGGUGGUGGUGAUUGAGAAGAGAGACACCUUCUCCAGGAACAACGUGCUCCACCUGUGGCCCUACACCAUCCACGACCUCAGGGGCCUCGGAGCCAAGAAAUUCUACGGAAAGUUCUGCGCCGGCUCCAUCGACCACAUCAGUAUCCGUCAGCUCCAGCUGAUGUUGCUGAAGGUGUGUUUGAUUCUGGGAGUGGAGAUUCAUGUCAACAUAGAGUUUAUCAAACUUGUGGAGCCACCAGAGGAGCAACAUGAGGACAGUCCAGGGUGGCGAGCAGAGAUCCGGCCCUCCAGCCAUCAGGUGUCAGAGUUUGACUUUGACGUGGUGAUCGGAGCCGACGGACGCAGGAACACAUUAGAUGGUUUCAGUCGCAAGGAGUUUCGGGGGAAGUUGGCCAUCGCCAUAACAGCCAACUUUGUCAACAGGAACACAACAGCGGAGGCCAAAGUGGAGGAGAUUAGCGGCGUGGCCUUCAUCUUCAACCAAAAGUUCUUCCUCGAGCUCAGGGAGGAGACAGGAAUUGACUUGGAGAACAUCGUUUACUACAAAGACCACACUCACUACUUUGUCAUGACGGCGAAAAAGCAGAGUCUGCUGGACAAAGGGGUCAUCAUAAACGACUACAUAGAAACCGAGCGCCUGCUCAGUAACGACAACGUCAACCAGGAAGCAUUGCUCUCCUACGCACGAGAGGCAGCCGACUUUGGCACCAACUACCAGCUUCCAUCCUUGGACUACGCCAUCAACCACUACGGCCAGCCUGACGUGGCCAUGUUUGACUUCACCUGCAUGUACGCAUCAGAGAACGCCGCCCUGAUCAGGGAGAAACACGGGCAUCAGCUACUCGUCGCCCUGGUGGGAGACAGUCUGCUGGAGCCUUUCUGGCCGAUGGGUACAGGUUGUGCUCGGGGUUUUCUGGCAGCCUUUGACACAGCCUGGAUGGUGAGGGGCUGGGCGCAGGGCAGGAGCCCUCUGGAGAUACUAGCUGAGAGGGAAAGUAUUUAUCGGCUGCUGCCUCAGACCACCACAGAGAACAUCAGUAAAAACUUUGAGCAGUACACCAUUGACCCUGCAACCCGCUACCCCAACCUCAACUCCAGCUGUGUUCGCCCACACCAGGUACGCCACCUGUUCAUAGAUGGCCAACAGGACACGUGUCACCUAGAGAGAGGAGGUCCCACACGUAGAUCCGUCAACCUCACCAGGAGAGAUUCAGAGGUCCGUCCAGGCCGCCUGCUGACUUGGUGUCAGAAGCAAACUGAGGGCUACAGAGGAGUUGACGUCACCGACCUCACCUCCUCCUGGAGGAACGGACUGGCCCUCUGCGCUCUUAUACACCGCCAGAGGCCUGAGCUCAUUGACUACGACUCCCUGAACGAGGAGGAUGUGGCGGGGAACAACCAGUUGGCGUUUGACGUGGCCGAGCGAGAGUUUGGCAUCCAGCCGGUGACCCUGGGGAAGGAGAUGGCCAGGCAGCCGGAGCCGGACAAACUCCUGAUGGUCCUCUACCUCUCCAAGUUCUACGAGGCGUUCAGGAACUCAUCAAGAAACAACAACGGGUCGAGAGAAGCAGAUGAGAAUCGCGAGGAAUAUUCAGCGAAAACAAACCACAACCUGCUGAACCAAGCUCAGCCCAGAAAGAGGACACCCAGGGAUGACAAGAAACUGGAAGACAACGAUUCCGCUAACAGGAAACGGCGGAAGGGCAGCCACUACCUUGCAGAGUUGUCCUGUCAGAGUGCUCCCCCUGCAGGCGAGGAAGGGGAGCUGCGGGAGAACAAAGUCCGCUCCAUGGCGACCCAGCUGCUGGCCAAAUUCGAAGAGAACUCCUCGACAGCAAAGCUACGCACCAAGUGUAUAGAGCGUAAAAACCUCCCUCCUGGGCUUGGCGGCAGCGACAUCUGCCACUUCUGCUCCAAGCGGGUCUAUGUGAUGGAAAGACUCAGUGCAGAGGGCUACUUCUUCCAUCGCGAGUGUUUCCGCUGUGAUGUCUGUAGCUGCACGCUUCGUCUGGGAGGGCACACCUUCCACUCACAGCAGGGCAAGUUCUACUGCAAGAUGCACUAUGCUCAAAGCCAAACCAGCACUCAGCUGGGCAGGUUCAGAAGGAGAAUGGAUGACCAAGGCCGCACCACAUCCUCAUCACUGGACAAUGGUAGCUACUCUGCGACUGGCAGCCUCCAGAUCCAACCCCCAGGUGGGAGGUCCAGCUUGCAUUUAGGGCCAAGUGUUGUAAUCCAGAACGGAGCUCCUGGAGGCACUUUGGACUGCUCCACACUGGAGAUGGCUGAGGAGGCCCUUGACUCAUCCUGCAUCGCAAACCCAACAGAACCGGACUUGACAGGGACCACGGAUGGCACCAAAGAUCACUGCAAGGUUAAGCCCCUGGCUCCAGACAAGAGCAAUAGAUGGAAAAGAAAGAUCCGAGCAACCUUCCCUCUGAUCUUCGUCAAGCAUUUCCAGAAAAGUUGGCCACUGGACAAAGAUGGACCAGAGACGGUCCCUGAGGCUGACUCUGACUUUGAGGAAAUCAUAACAGCAGAAACACAGACUUCUUCCCACAGCACUUCUAAGACAUUGGCAGAUUCCCAGAAUCCUUCAGUGAGAGGUGAGAAGCGUGAAGAGCACUCAGCCACUGCGGGGGCAGUCUGUAGCUCCUCAGGCCCAAAGAAACGCUUGAUGUUAUCUCUGGCUGACAAGGAGAAGCUUCUGAACUGGGACCUGCUGGUCACACCAGAGGAAACUCCAGGACAGAUUAACACCAACAGCAAGACUCCACAUCAACCCACAGAGCAGGUUCAAACAGAGACAGAAGCAGAUAAGCCCCAAACACACUCGGGCCGGGAGGAGGAACCAAACCCAAGCCAAACCCCUGCUUCAUCUCCCUCAGCCUUCCAGCUCAUAGCCAACGCUUUCAGGAGGUCCUUCGGUGUGACCAAUCCGUCCACCAGCUCCACUGCUGCAGUAACCAUGAGACCCAAACAAGAAGGCCCCCGGAAGCAGAGGCCCAUGUCAGAGGGAGCAUUCAACUUCAGCUCCUUAUUCACUGCGGCCCCAGACCCAACCAGAGAGGAGAAGAAGGCCGGCAAGCCUGAGCCUCACCCUCGUUGGGCGUCUGUAGGGAUGGAUCCCUGGGGGACCAGGCAGGACCUCCCCUCCCUGUUGCAGCAGGUGUCCCUGGAGAGUCGGCGAGGGUCCGGCGGAGUCUUCUCCGAUGACAUGGCCUCGCUGCCCCGCAAGAGGGUCAACUUUUUCUCCUCCCUGCGGCUGAGAAAGAGGGAGGCGUCAGAGAGCGAGGGAACGGGGGAGGAGGAGGCUCAAAAGGAAAUCAGGACCAUCCUCAGCAACCUCAGAAACAAAGCCUCCAGUCAGCAGAACCUGGAAGAGCCUCCCUCCAGUGAUGAUGAGGAUGAACACCAAUCAGCCAGUCAAAAGGUGUGUUCAGAGGCGCACAGGAGGAAGCAGGAGAAGAUUGUGGCCCAGCAAGCUAAAAGAGAGCAGCUGAAGAGGCUCCAUAGAGCUCAGGCUAUCCAGAGACAACUGGAGGAGGUGGGAGAGAAACAGAGAGACCUGGAGGAGAGAGGAGUGGCCAUAGAGAAGAUCCUCAGAGGAGAAUCAGAUACCUCAGAUGAUAGCGAGGAGGGCCAGCUCUAUCAGUCCUGGUUUAAACUGGUCCUGGAGAAGAACAGGCUGGCACGCUACGAGUCUGAGCUUAUGAUCUUUGCUCAGGAGCUUGAACUGGAGGACACACAGAGUCAACUGCAGCAAGACCUACGGCGCAGGAUGGCUGUAGAGGAUACAAAGAAGAGCGCCUCCGAGCUGCAGGAGGAGCAGGCGAUCCUGUCGGAGAUCAUGAAGACAGUGGAGAAACGAGACACUUUGGUCUCCUUGCUGGAGGAGCAGAGGCUGAGGGAGCGGGCUGAGGACAGGGACCUGGAGAGCCUCGUGCUGUCCAGGGGAUACGAGCUCCACUGGACCCAGGUCGACGACUGCUGGGGGCUGGAAAAGCUGGAAUGAAAGUGUAACGGUGAGCUGGUCAGUGGGGAUGAGCUGUGCAAAAACAAACAAACAAAAAAAAAAAAAAACAGUGGAGGACUUAAACCCCAGCCAGCACAAAUUUAGAGGAUGGGGUGGAAUUUUCACAUCAUAGUUCUCCUUUGGCAUGUUUUUGUAAGACUACUAAUCUAGAAAGUUUGGUGAGGAUAGAAGCAUUGUUCUCAAGAAAUCUGGUUAGGGUAGUCUCAUGCUGUUAUGGAGCGUUGAGCUCAGGAACUGGAGAAAAAUAGACUGCAGCUUUGCCUCAAUACAGAGCUCACAAGUUCCUUUACAGUCACAAGGGUUAAUAACUUUCCUGCUACUAAUACCUUUGACCCUUGUGGACAGAAGUAUAAUCUGUGAUGCAGCAGGCUGCCAGGGCAUGGACUUGGAUUUAAAAUAAAUAAAUAAAUAAAUAAAUAAAUAAAUAAAUAAAAACUCAGAACAAUGUGACCAAUUGCCUUGUAAAAUGUUGCACACCUCAUAAACCAAAUUCACUGCCUGUUCAACAACUUUUAUAUGGUUGUUUACCUAAUGAGUGGAAUUAGAGUGAUGUAUUUUUUUCUAAUAUAAUACUGUUAGUCCCACUGGAUAGCACAUGUUGCAACUUAACACUUAUCCUAAACAUUAACUCUUUUUUUGCACAGUGUGAAUAGAUUUUGACUUGUGUCUCAAUAAAGACAAAAUAGUACUUUGUCAGUCACUUUGUGAAUGUGUGUGUGUGUGUGUGUAUGUAUGUGUGCCUGCACAUUUGUGUAUAUUUUACUAUUGGCUGCUUCUCACUUUGUGGAGAAGAAUUGCAUGAAAAAUUAAUGUAUGAAUGUUAUGUCCAGAAACACUAAUGUACAGACAGAGGAAGCACAAUUGUAGUGAAGUGGAAACACAACUGCCAGACAUUUCUUGAUAAGAGAUGUCCAAUUUUGCCAAGUUGCAGCACAUUUUAUUCUUUUACUUCUCUGUGAUGCACCCUUAACUCAAUCAUCUGCGACUGCUGUCAAUUAAACUGUGAUUCUUUCAUGUUGUGUAACUGCUAAUGUUUGUGAUUCCUGGUUUCCGUGAGCCAAAAUGGCUGGCUUACCUCUGCUGGAUCCUGCUGGUGUGUUUACAUGAAUUUGGAUCCCAGGCUGUUAGAGAACCCAUGGAGUAAUUUAUUUACAUUGUGAAUGAACUAACACUCAAGUCCAUAUAACUUAUGGGGUCAAAUUAAACUGUAAAACUGGCAUGUGUAUUCUGUGUCUGUAUGUAUGGGUUUUAUGCUUCAUAAAACAGUUUAUGUUGAAAACUUUCCUUUAAUAAAUAAUGAUAUUAAACCAUGAA